UUAUACAAUUUUGUAAAUAAGUGAUUUUUCUCCUUCACUGAUGUGUGCUAAUGAGGCUGCAGUGAUGGGCACUGAUAGGCUGCACUGAUGGACACUGAUAGGUGGCACUGAUUGGCAGCACUGAUAGGUGGCACUGAUUGGCAUUGAUAGAUGGCACUGACUGGCACUGAUGGGUGACAUUGAAAGGCAGCUCAUUUGGGCACUGAUAUGUGGCAUUGAUGUGCACUGGUAUGCACUGAUAUGUGGCACUGAUGGGCACUGGGACGAGGCACUGAUGAGCACUGACUUAUUGCGCAGGUGGAAUUCACUG